AUGAAGAUCGAGUUCGCCCCCAGAAAUGUGCCCCUCAAGAGGCGGCUGCAGACGGCCGCCCUGCUGCAAUGGGUCUUCUCCUUCCUCUGCCUAGCCCAGAUCUCCAUUGUAACCUUCUUCGUGCUGCUGUUCACGCGGUUCUGGCUGGUGAGCGUGCUGUACGCCGUCUGGUGGUUCUACGACUACGACACGCCCUCGAGGGGAGGACGCAAGGUGCCCUUCCUCUGCAACAUCCCCGUCUGGGACUACAUGAGGGACUACUUUCCCAUCAAGCUGGUGAAGACUGCAGACCUGGACCCUCGUCAGAACUACAUCAUUGGUUUCCACCCGCAUGGCAUCCUGGUGGCGGGGGCCUUCAUUAACUUCUGCACGGGGGCCACGGGUUUCGCGGCCCUCUUCCCCGGCCUCAGCCCCUAUCUACUCAUGCUGCCCCUGUGGUUCAGGGCGCCUUUCUUCAGGGACUACAUCAUGUGUGGAGGCCUGAUCCCCUCGGAUAAGGGCAGUGCCAGCUACCUGCUCCAGAGGAAAGGGGGUGGGAACGCGGUGGUCAUCGCGGUGGGCGGAGCUCCUGAAGCCCUGGACGCCAGACCGGGCGCCUACUGUGUCCUUCUAGCCAAUAGGAAGGGCUUUGUCAAGCUGGCAAUGGAACACGGUGCGCACCUGGUGCCGGUGUACUCGUUUGGUGAGAACGAGGUGUUCGACCAGGUGGAGAACCCUAAAGGCGGCUGGCUGCGGAGCAUUCAGGACAAACUGCAAAGCAUCAUGGGUAUCUCGCUGCCCCUGUUCCACGCACGCGGCGUCUUCCAGUACAGCUUUGGACUGAUGCCCUACAGGAGACCCAUCAACACUGUUGUGGGUAAGCCAAUCCGUGUGGAGAAGAGGGAGACGGUGUCGGCUGAGGACCUGGAUGCUCUGCACCAGCACUACAUGGAGGAGCUCAGCAAGCUGUUUGAGGAGCACAAGGCCAACUACGGAGUCCCGGAGGACACACACCUCACAUUCAUCUGA